UUUAGGUUAUAAUUGUAGGUGUUUACAAUUUUAAAAAGAUUUAACUAUUUUAAUACUUAUGUAAGUGAUAUAAGGUGAUUUUCGCCAGCGUGAUGUUUUUAAUAUAGUUGUACUUUUAAGUAUAUUAUACUUGGAUUGAAGGGAAAAGAUUUCUCAGCAUUAAAAGUGAUUUAUAUUCGUGUAAAUGCUUUAAGAUCUCGAUAGGUUAAGGUACAAUGGGUACCAGAAAUUUAUCUAAGAAAGAGCUAGAGGAGCUUCGUAAAAAAGAAGAAGAGGAAGCGGCUGCUCAUGUAUUUAAGGAAUUUGUGGAGACAUUUCAAGAAGUACCCAGCACCACAUCUAAGGUGUGGGUUAAAGCUGGAACUUAUGAUGCAGGAGCAAGAAAGGAGGACACAUCGGAGCGAGGCAAGCUGUACAAGCCAGUGUCACGGCUGGAUGACAAGAAACAGAGCACAGAGGUAGAGGUGUUGCGAAGUCUAGCGCAGAUCACACCGCGCCCCGAAUCUGCCUUGCGUCCUCGCGCCAAACUCAGCAAGGAUAAAAAGAAGAGCAAUCUAGAACUAUUCAAAGAGGAAUUAAGACAAAUUCAAGAGGAGAGGUCAGAGCGACAUAAAUAUAAGAAUGUAUUGCGUGAGCGCGGUGUUGUAGGCGGCGAGCCUGUAUUGGAUACUAUACCUGAUAUUGGUUCUUAUGAUACUGGGGAUCCUAAUACCACUAAUCUCUAUCUCGGCAAUCUCAACCCAAAGAUAACGGAGCAGCAGCUGAUGGAGAUCUUCGGUAGGUACGGGCCGCUGGCCAGCAUCAAGAUAAUGUGGCCACGUUCUGAUGAAGAGAAGGCGCGUGGACGUAACUGUGGCUUCGUUGCCUUCAUGUCGCGUAAGGAUGGCGAGAGAGCCCUGCGCUGUAUUAACGGGAAGGAGAUAAUGAACUACGAGAUGAAGCUAGGUUGGGGCAAAGCUGUGGUGAUUCCACCGGUACCGAUCUACAUCCCGCCCGCGCUGCAGCAGCCCAGCAAGCCGCCGCCGCCCUCCGGACUGCCAUUCAACGCGCAGCCACCCAAACACCUCACUACCAAGACACCGAGAAUCCAUCCCGGAGACUAUUACCCACAUGAUCCAGAAGACAAAAAGCUUUAUGAUCAGAUAUUGUCACAAUCUAUAGUCAAAGUUGUGGUGCCUACAGAAAGGAACGUUCUGAUGCUGAUCCACCGCAUGGUAGAGUUCGUGAUCCGUGAGGGUCCGAUGUUCGAGGCGAUCAUAAUGAACCGCGAGCUGAACAACCCAUUCUUCCGGUUCCUGUUCGAGAACCAAUCUCCGGCGCACGUCUACUACCGCUGGAAGCUGUUCUCCAUGCUGCAGGGGGAUUCGCCCAAGCAGUGGGCGCUGCAAGACUUUAGGAUGUUCAAAGGUGGGUCAGUGUGGCGGCCGCCCGUGAUGAAUCUGUACACGGCGGGCAUGCCCGACGAGCUGGUCGAGGAGGACGACGCCAAGGAGAACAUACGCGGCACGCUCUCCAACAGCCAGCGCGACCGGCUGGAGGAGCUGAUCCGCGCGCUGUCGCCGUCGCGCAGCAGCGUGGGCGAGGCGAUGGCGUGGUGCCUGGAGCACGCGGAGGCGGCGGGGGAGGUGGCGCAGUGCCUGGCGGAGGCGCUCGCCGGGGACACCACCCCGCCCCCGCGCCGCGUCGCCCGCCUCUACCUGCUCUCCGACAUCCUGCACAACGCCGGCGCCAAGCUCACCAACGCCAGCGCCUACCGCAGCGCGUUCCAGAGCCGUUUGCCGGACAUAAUGCGUGCGGCGCGUGCGGCGAUGAUGCGCAUGGGCUCGCGGCUGCAGCAGGAGGGGUACCGCGCGCGCGUCGCCCGCGUGCUGCAGGCCUGGGCCGACUGGGCCGUCUACCCCACAGACUUUCUGCUGCACAUCAACGACAUAUUCCUUGGACACGAUAAGGAGGAUGGCGGCAGCGCGGGGGUUGUGGGUGUGGUGGAGAGCGGUGCAGGCGAGGGCGAGGCUUCGGGCGGAGAGUCAGGUGCGCGCUCGCCCGCCAGCUCGGGCUCGUGGGAGGGCGCGCUGGACGGGGCCGCGCUGCGCCGUCUCGCCGCCGCCCGGCGACCCGAUGACGACAUCGAUGGCGUGCCGGUUGAGGAGGACAUUGAUGGCGUGCCGCUGGAGGGGGAGGCGGAACGCGGAGGUGAAGGUAGCGGGGGCUCAGGCGGGUCGGGUGUGGGCGCGGGGGUGGCGGGAUUUGUGCCGUCACGUUGGGAGAGCGUGGACACAGCCGCCGCGGAGCCGGAGCCCGAGCCCGAGCCCCCUUCGCCGCACGACUCGACACUCACGCCCACACAUGACAGGGCGGAGUCCCCGCGGGGCGGGGCUGCGGGCACGGAGGAGCUGUCGCUGCCGCGGCGCGUGCUGCGUGACAUAGAGGUGCGCGUGCUGCGCUACGGGGACGAGCUGGAGUCGGGCGCGCGCGCUCGCAAGCCUGCUCUCACCGCGCAGCAACAACUGCAGCACUACCGGCGCAAACUCAUUAAGAAGGCGGCUAAGGAAGCGAAGGAGGCGCAGGAGGAGGUGCGCGAGUCGCCGGACGCGCGACGCCGCUCGCCCGCUGAGGACGACGCAUACUCAACAUCAUCUAAGAAAUCAAAGAAAUCUAGGGAGCCCACUUUAUCUCCUCCGCCAAAGCGAAAUCGUCACAGUGAUCGAAAAUCACGUUCAAGGUCACGAUCGAGAGAAAGAGAAAGUGAACGUUUCCGUGAACGAGAUCGCGAGAGGGAAAGAGAGAGGGAGAGAGAGCGAGACCGCGAGAGAGACAGGCGGCGCCGCUCGCCGGCCACGCCCCCCGCCUUCUACCACAGGAAACACAACAAACACGCCAAAUAUAAAUACUGACAGAGUACUCAACAUGUAUUUAUGAAGAAUAACAAUAUUGUUGCGGACAGUAAAUAAAGUCAUUGUGUAUGGAUACGCUUUGUGAUGUGAAAUAAAACAAAAUCUUGUAUCAAGAGUAUAAUUCGACAGCUUUUAUGAAUUGCAUAUUGACAAAUAGUAAAAAUAACGCGGUGCAUAGGAAAAAAAUGUUUUAACAAAACAAAAAUGAAUCAUUGUAAAUUUCCAUAAAAUGUUUGAAUAUAUUUGAAGAUAUAUAUAACACGCGUGUAUAAAGUACAUGAUGAUAAAUUAAAAACUUAAAAAUUCGUUUAUUCCUAUAAAUUCAAAUAAAUUUUACAGUUUUAUAAUAGUAGUGUUGCGAUAAACGUUAUAUAAAAAUAAUCAUCCAAGACUUUAAAUUAUAGAAAUAUGCAACUGUGUUUUGUAUUAUAUUAUGAAUGUAUCACGAGUUUCCACUGCAACAUGUGUACAAAAACAUUGUCAAUUAAACAAGACAAGUUUUGUACAAAUGUUGUGUUGACUCAUGAUUAGGUUUAAAAAAAUAAAAGUAAUAAACUGAAUGUUUUAUUUUUCAUUUGAACCUAAAUCAUCUUUUACACUAAAUUAAAUUUAAUUUAAAAAAAAAUCAUUCAAAUUAAAUCUUUUUUCGCGACUUAUUUUGUCAUAACUAUAUUUCAGUUACUUUUCAUUUAUACUUAUAAUAAUAUUUUAGCUAAUAUUUGUGAUAAUUGCACUUGAAAUCAUUAAAACUUACACGAAAGUAAUGAACACACAACAUAUCUUAAAUAUACAAAAAUCAAAACAAUAAUACUGAAAGGAAAAACAAACUUUGCAAAUAAAAUUCAUAGCCAAAUUGAUUUGGAACAUCUUAUUUACUACAUUUUACUUACAGAAUGACCUUAAAGUGACGCCAUCCGAACUGGAGAUCAUGAAAUCUGACCAAAAUCUGUCAAUAAUCGUGGGUUUCUGAGACCAAAAUCCCCAAUUAAAAACAUUGUUAUCAAAGAUAAUGAUAGGGAUGACAUAUUCAGAGAUUUUGGUCUCAUAAACCCUCGAUAAUUCAUUGUAAUGAGAUUCUAAUUACUCUUACACAGAUUCAUUUGAAUUUAUUUUCGUAUAAAAAUAUAAAAAAGAUGAAGUCACUUUAUGGCCAUUUAUAAUGUUGCCAUAGUGUGCCAACACUUAUU